AUGAACAAGUUUGAGAAAAUCAUUGAUUCGACAACGACGAAGGUUGUUGGGACACACCGGUACAGUGAUGCAUCAAUGAAGAAGGUGAAACUUCAAUCUCUGCGUAAGAAGUAUGGGAAUCUCAGAAUGAAGAACAAUGAGAAGGUACCUGACUUCAUCUCUAUAGUGUUUUUGAUCACAAGUGAGAUGAAGUUAUGUGGAGAAACUCUCUCUGAAGAAAGGACCAUUGAGAAGGUACUUAGAUCUCUUACUCCUCAGUUUGGUUACAUUGUUGUAGAAAUUAAACAUUCUAAGGAUCUUAACACCAUGAUAAUUGAAGAGUUGCAAAAUAGUCUAGAGGCACAAGAGUUUUGUUUGACUAAAAGAAACUCUGAAAUGGAGGUAGAGCAGUAA